GUACGGGUUGAUGGCUCCCAGGAUGCCUACCUAUAUGAGACAGUCCCUGUGGUGGAUGGCAGCCCCAUUCUCCGAGACCUCCUCUUUAGCCCUGAUUACCGGCACAUCUACCUCCUGAGUGAGAAGCAGGUGAGCCAGCUUCCAGUGGAGACAUGUGAGCAGUACCUGAGCUGUGCAGCCUGCUUGGGCUCAGGGGACCCACACUGCGGUUGGUGUGUGCUACAGCACAGGUGCUGCCGUGAAGGGGCUUGUCCCGGUGCCUCUGCCCCACAUGGCUUUGCAGAGGAGCUGAGCAGGUGUGUACAGGUGCGAGUCAGGCCCAACAACGUGUCAGUGACAUCACCUGGGGUGCAGCUGACUGUAGCCAUGCGCAACGUGCCAGACCUCAGUGCGGGUGUGAGCUGUGCCUUUGAGGAGGUGACAGAGAGCGAGGCUGUCCUGUUGCCCUCCGGGGAGCUGCGCUGCCCCUCACCCUCCCUCCAGGAGCUCCAGGCUCUUACCAGGGGGCACGGGGCCACCCGCACUGUGCAGCUGCAGCUGCUCUCCAAGGAGACUGGUGUGAGGUUUGCUGGGGCUGAUUUUGUCUUCUACAACUGCAGUGUCCUCCAAUCGUGCAUGUCCUGUGUUGGCAGCCCCUAUCCCUGCCAUUGGUGUAAGUACCGCCAUGUGUGUACCAGCCACCCCCACGAGUGCUCCUUCCAGGAGGGCAGGGUCCACAGCCCUGAGGGCUGCCCUGAGAUCUUGCCUCGUGGGGACCUCCUGAUCCCCGUGGGUGUCAUGCAGCCUCUCACCCUGCGGGCUAAAAACCUGCCACAGCCCCAGUCAGGCCAGAAGAACUAUGAGUGUGUGGUCCGGGUACAGGGGCGGCAGCAGCGAGUGCCAGCCGUGCGCUUCAAUAGCAGCAGUGUGCAGUGUCAGAAUGCCUCGUACUCUUAUGAUGGUGACGAGUAUGGUGACACUGAGCUGGACUUCUCUGUUGUCUGGGAUGGAGAUUUCCCCAUUGACAAGCCUCCCAGCUUCCGAGCCCUCCUGUACAAGUGCUGGGCUCAGCGGCCCAACUGCGGCCUCUGCCUCAAGGCUGACCCCCGCUUCAACUGUGGCUGGUGCAUCACAGAAAACAGGUGCCAGCUGCGGGCCCAUUGCCCAGCCCCCAAGACCAACUGGAUGCACCCAAGCCAGAAGGGGACCCGGUGUAGCCACCCACGCAUCAUCCAGAUCUACCCGCUCAUGGGGCCCAAGGAGGGAGGCACCCGGGUCACCAUCGUGGGUGAGAACCUGGGCCUUGCCUCCAGGGAGGUGGUCCUGCGAGUGGCUGGUGUGCGUUGCAACUCCAUCCCCACUGAGUACGUCAGUGCUGAGAGGAUCGUUUGUGAGAUGGAGGAGUCACUGGUGCCCAGCCCGCAGCCAGGGCCUGCUGAGCUCUGUGUAGGCGACUGUUCUGCCGACUUCCGGACACAGUCCGAGCAGCUCUACAGUUUUGUGACCCCGACAUUUGACCGUGUAAGUCCUACUCGGGGCCCAGCUUCAGGGGGCACGCGACUCACCAUCUCUGGCAGCUCUCUGGAUGCCGGCAGCAGGGUCACAGUAACCGUGAGAGAUGGCGAGUGCCAGUUUGUGAGAAGAGAUGCUGAGGCCAUCGUAUGUAUCUCGCCUGUCUCCACCCUGGGCCCCAGCCAGGCCCCCAUCACCCUUGCCAUUGACCGAGCCAACAUCUCUAGCCCUGGAGUCAUCUAUACCUACACUCAGGACCCUACCGUCACUCGUCUUGAGCCUACCUGGAGCAUCAUUAAUGGAAGCACUGCCAUCACUGUGAGUGGGACCCACCUGCUGACCGUCCAGGAGCCCCGGGUCCGGGCCAAGUACCGUGGCAUUGAGACUACCAAUACAUGCCAGGUGAUCAACGAUACUGCCAUGCUGUGUAAGGCCCCCGGCAUCUUCCUUGGGCAGCCUCAGCCCAGGGCCCAAGGCGAGCACCCUGAUGAGUUUGGCUUCCUGCUGGACCACGUGCAGACAGCCCGCUCUCUCAAUCGCUCCUCCUUCACCUACUAUCCUGACCCCAGCUUUGAGCCGCUUGGGCCCUCUGGCGUCCUGGAUGUCAAACCUGGCUCCCAUGUUGUGCUAAAGGGCAAGAACCUGAUCCCGGCAGCAGCUGGCAGUUCCCGCCUCAACUAUACAGUGCUUAUCGGAGGCCAGCCUUGUGCACUCACCGUCUCAGACACACAACUCCUGUGUGACUCGCCCAGUCAGACAGGCCGGCAGCCUGUCAUGGUGCUGGUGGGUGGCCUGGAGUUCUGGCUGGGUACCCUGCACAUCACAGCUGAGCGGGCACUGACCCUGCCAGCCAUGGUGGGGCUGGCAGUGGGGGGUGGGCUCCUGCUUCUGGCCAUCACUGCUGUGCUGGUCGCCUACAAGCGCAAGACUCAGGAUGCAGACCGCACACUUAAGCGGCUCCAGCUGCAGAUGGACAACCUGGAGUCCCGUGUGGCCCUGGAGUGCAAGGAAGCUUUCGCAGAACUACAGACAGACAUCAAUGAGCUAACAAAUCACAUGGAUGGGGUGCAGAUCCCUUUCCUGGACUAUCGGACCUAUGCAGUGCGCGUGCUCUUCCCAGGCAUUGAGGCCCACCCAGUGCUUAAGGAGUUGGAUACCCCCCCAAAUGUCGAGAAGGCUCUGCGCCUCUUUGGGCAGCUGCUGCACAACCGUGCCUUCGUACUCACCUUCAUCCACACGCUGGAGGCCCAGAGCAGCUUUUCCAUGCGUGACCGUGGCACUGUGGCCUCACUCACCAUGGUGGCCCUGCAGAGCCGGCUGGACUAUGCCACUGGGCUGCUGAAGCAACUGCUGGCAGACCUCAUAGAGAAAAACCUUGAGAGCAAGAACCACCCAAAGCUGCUGCUGCGCAGGACAGAGUCAGUGGCUGAGAAGAUGCUUACCAACUGGUUCACAUUUCUGCUGCAUAAGUUUCUGAAGGAGUGCGCUGGGGAGCCACUCUUCCUGCUCUACUGUGCCAUCAAGCAGCAGAUGGAGAAGGGUCCCAUUGAUGCCAUAACGGGCGAGGCACGCUAUUCUCUGAGUGAGGACAAGCUCAUCCGACAACAGAUUGACUACAAGACACUGACACUGCACUGUGUGUGCCCAGAGAGUGAGGGCAGCACCCAGGUCCCAGUGAAGGUUCUCAACUGUGACAGCAUAACUCAGGCCAAAGACAAGCUGCUGGACACUGUGUACAAGGGCAUCCCCUACUCCCAGCGCCCCAAAGCUGAGGAUAUGGAUCUGGAAUGGCGCCAGGGCCGCAUGGCCCGCAUCAUCCUCCAGGAUGAGGACGUUACUACCAAGAUUGAGUGUGACUGGAAGAGGGUCAACUCCCUGGCCCACUACCAGGUGACAGAUGGUUCCUUAGUAGCACUCGUGCCCAAACAAGUAUCUGCCUAUAACAUGGCCAACUCCUUCACCUUCACCCGCUCCCUCAGCCGCUAUGAGAGCUUGCUCCGCACUGCUAGCAGCCCUGAUAGCCUCCGCUCACGGGCACCCAUGAUCACACCUGACCAGGAGACGGGCACCAAACUGUGGCACCUGGUAAAGAAUCAUGACCACGCCGACCACCGAGAGGGGGACCGUGGCAGCAAGAUGGUCUCAGAGAUCUAUCUAACACGGCUUUUGGCCACUAAGGGCACACUGCAGAAGUUUGUGGAUGACUUAUUUGAAACAGUAUUCAGCAUUGCCCAUCGGGGCUCAGCCCUGCCCCUGGCCAUCAAGUACAUGUUUGACUUCUUGGAUGAGCAGGCUGAUCAGCGCCAGAUCAGUGAUCCUGAUGUGCGCCACACCUGGAAGAGCAACUGCCUGCCCCUGCGCUUCUGGGUGAAUGUGAUCAAGAACCCUCAAUUCGUGUUUGACAUCCACAAGAACAGCAUCACAGAUGCUUGCCUGUCAGUGGUGGCCCAGACCUUCAUGGACUCCUGUUCCACAUCAGAGCACCGCUUGGGCAAGGACUCACCUUCCAACAAGCUACUCUAUGCCAAGGACAUUCCCAACUACAAGAGCUGGGUGGAGAGGUACUACCGAGACAUUGCAAAGAUGGCUUCCAUCAGUGACCAAGACAUGGAUGCCUACCUGGUGGAGCAGUCCCGCCUCCAUGCCAGUGACUUUAAUGUCCUAAGUGCACUCAGCGAACUCUACUUCUAUGUCACCAAGUACCGCCAGGAGGUGUGUUGUGCACCCUUUAGACCCCUAGUGACUUGACCCUGAAGGUUCAGCCAGGCUCAAGGCAGGGGGCUGAUGGGGGCUGGGGAGUACUACAAGGAGGUAGAUGGGACAGAGGGGAUACAGAGUACAUCUUUAGAUUGUUUAUGGUUUCCUCCUCAUUUGGCCAGGCCCAGGGGUCAGCACAGAUGAUACUCUGCAUGGAGGCUGAGAUUUGAGGGACACAGAAGAGAAGCCAUUGGCUAGAGCUCAGGGUUUCCACUAGGCAGAAGUUAAGGGGCUGAGCCAGAUGCUAUGAUGCAUGUCUGUAAUCCCAGCUAUUUGGAGGCUGAGGCAAGUGGAUCACGAGUUCAAGACCAUCCUCUAAUGUAAUGAGGCCUUGUCUCAAAAUUAAAAGGGCUGGGCAGUGGUGCAGCAUUUGCCUAA